UUGUACUGUGGACGGACUCCUAAAUCUUUGGUACACACUGCCAGCGUGACCGGCCUGCACAGCUAAGAGCCUGCCUGAAAAUGAAGAAAAUGAAUGGCAUUGCCGGGCACUUUUUCAGUUGGGCCUGGAGAGCAUUAUCGCCGGGUAACGUCCAUUUAUCCAUCCCUCACUUUCCCCUCAACUUCUCCAGUAGUUUUCAUGGUAGUGCUGAUGUGUCAAAAUUUCAAAAUUCAUACUCUCAACUCACUAAACUGAAGUUUGCAAGUAUUAUUAAGCUUGAAGAUGCAAUUGGUUUGUACCGUCACAUGGUUACAAUGAGACCCCGUCCUCCCAUCGUCCAAUUCAACCAACUCUUGACUGCUGUUGUCAAGAUGGGUUGUUACCCCGGGGCUGUCUCUCUGUUUCAAGAUAUUUUUGCUUCUGGCCUUCUGAUAAACGAGUUUACACUGAGCAUUGCUGCCAAUUCCCUUGCCCGUUUGCACAGAGUAGAUUUGGCAUUUGCUGUUUUGGGAAUGCAUUUGAAGUUGGGCCUAGUACCUGAUGUGGUUUUGUUCAGCAGUUUACUGAAAGGACUUUUUCUGCAACAUAGGGUUCAAGAUGCUGUUUGGUUGUUCCAGAAGGUAUUGAAUGAGAAAAUGUGUGAGAUAGAUGAAGUUACUUUAUUAAUAGUCAUUGAUGGCCUCUGCAAGGCAGGACAAACUAGUAAGGCUGUUAAGCUGCUUCACUUAUUUGAAGAAAAGGGAAACUGCAAGCCAAAUGUAUUUUCAUAUAGCGCCGUUAUUGACUCCUUGGGUAAGGAUAAAAUGGUUGACGAGGCUCUUCUCCUAUUAGAGAAGAUGAUGGAAAUCGGUCUUCCUCCUGAUGUCGUGACCUAUAGUUCGCUUAUCGAUGGACUCUGCAAAUUCAGUCGAUGGGCAGAGGUCGAAGAGUUACUGAAAAGAUUGAUUGACUAUAGAAUACCUCUCGAUGUCCAUAUAUACACCAUUCUAGUUGUUGGGUUUUGUAGGGAAGGAUGGAUUGGCAGUGCUGCAAAACUCAUAGAUAUGAUGAUUCAAGAAGGUCUGGAACCUCAUGCAAUCACAUACACUGCUUUGAUAGAUGGAUACUGCUUACACGGAAAACUGAACAAUGCGUUGGAAUUCCUACAGACCAUGAUAGAUAAAGGAUGUGACCCUGAUAUUUUCACUUAUAACAUUUUAAUGAAUGGAUAUUACAAGAACGGGUGUUCAGAUCAGGCCGUACAAUUAUUUGGAAAUUUACAAAGUCGAGGCUUAAAACCCGAUGUUCAUAUGUACAACACUAUGUUGGCGUGUUUGUUUCACAAUGGGAAAUGUGAGGAUGCUGAGAAGCUUUUUAAGGAAAUGGUGAGAAAUCAAGAACAUCCAAAUCUCUUCACCUACAAUAUUAUUCUAAAUGGAUUAUGUAAGAAUCAUCGUGUUCCUCAAGCGCUAUCUUUAUUGAGAAUGAUGGAAGCUCGUAGUCCUGCCCCCAAUAUAGUUAGUUAUACUAGUGUCAUAAUUGGACUAUGGAAUGAUGGGAAGGCUGGCGAUGCAAUAGAACUAUUUAAUGCCCUUCCCUCUAAAGGAAUUCUUCCCGAUGAAUUUACCUACAAUAGUAUGAUAAGUGGACUUUGCCGAGAAGGCUCUCUAGAGGACGCUAGAGAUAUGCUCAAGAAAAUGGAGAAAAACGGUUACAUGGCUAAUAGUGUGGCAUACAAUAUAUUCAUCCGUGGGUUACUGAAAAAGAAUGAGUAUUGUGAAGCUGUAUUGCAUUUGGAAGAGAUGUCAAGUCUUGGACUCUCACCCGACAUUAGCACCUGUGAGAUUGUACUGAAGAAUAUCUUGGAAAAGGGACCGGAUUCCGCUCUACUUCAUAUGCUCCUGAAUAUAUAGGGAAAUUGUGAAAGUAUUAGUUCUUAAAUUUAGUUAUUCUAAUUUAGCUUACUGUUACCUAAAACUAUCAGUAUUCAUGUACAUUUCGAUACAUCCAUCUUUGAACAAAUUUAUCAACAAAUAGGCACAUUUAUGGUGGAGUGUAGUUACUGCUAUGAGUGCUAUCGGACCGGUAUGCAUGUGCACG